CCUGAGCACUGAGUGCGCAUGCUCGACAGAAAACUCCAUUAUUUUUUUAUGUUUUUGCUCGGAAUCUGUAAAAAACAGUGGGCAACUGUGAAUUUGGGAUUACAUGGGUCGUCAUGAUUAUUGGAAUACAUCUGAAUGCAAGACGGUUUAGCAGAACAGAGAGCAAAGUGACGACUGGAUAGCUGAGCAGCGGGAGCGGGACAUCCUCCAGUGUUGUUGGGACUCUCCACAAUCAAACUCUCCAUCUUCAUGCAAGCCCUUACUCUGAUGUGAACUGAACAAAUAAAUCUGCUGGAGUCAUCCUCUAGGUUGAGGAUCUGCCUCAUAGCUGGGGAAAGUCCAGGUGUUUGGACAUCAAGUCAGGUUUUACUGGCAGUCUGUGUGCUUCUAACCCACCAGCAUGUACAUUGGACAGUGGAUACCCUAGCCAAAACAGAUCUUGGCUUCCCAAAGAUGACAAGGUGCUGGCAGGCUGCAGCUACAAAAUGAUGGGAGGCAGUGAGACUGUCAGUGGGGACAAGGAUGGGGUCCAUACCACUGCAAUACACGUCCCCAUCGGCUGGCAGAGGAGAGUGGAGGGUGGACAGGUGAUCUAUGUCAGUCCCAGUGGCACUGCCCUGUCCUGUCUAGACGAGGUCAAGACCUAUCUGUUGACCGAUGGCACCUGCAAAUGUGGUCUGGAGUGUCCACUCAUCAUUCACAAGGUUUUCAACUUCACCGUGGGAGUGAAGGUGGAACAGCACAGCCAGCCGUUAGGCAAAACAGAGCAGGACAUGACCAAACUGUGUAACCACCGCAGGAAAGUGGUAGCGAUGGCUGCUCUGUGUCGCAGUAUGCAGGCCUCACAGCUGCCCUUCGCCAACCUUCAUCAUCCAGAGGUGAGCAGUCGAGUGGACAGCCGUGAUCCAAAGGGGGUACUUGUGGAGCGGGAAGAAGAGGACCGUGGCAUUUACCAUCCCAAACUCCAUCCAGUCCCUGCUCGACCCCACAACAACUUCCACGCAAAUCCCUGUGCCAGCCCCAAAUCCUCCCACCAGUUUAUUUACCCUUAUAAUGGUUCCUCCCCCAUACUUCACCCAGGCACAAACUCUCACCAUCCCUUAGACACUUUGAGAAGGCUUCACCAGCCUCCUCCUCUCCCUGCGUCCUCCACCUCCUCCUCCAACCCCUCAUUCCCAUCUUACAGCGCUGCCCAGAGGUCGCCCCGCACGCCCACUCCUCAGAACAUCAGCCAAGGUCAAAGAACACCCAAAACGCCAGAGACCCCUGGUUCUCCUCGGCUAGGGCCCCUCUCUUCACCCCCUCCCUCUUCCCCUAUGACUCUUGGUGGAGGAGCAAGAGGAGGACAGACUCAUGCUCAUCAUCCUCAUGGUGUCAUUGUAGGAGGCUCCACCCUCCCUCCAUCCCCCUCCCUCUCACCCUCUGUUCAAAACAUGAAUUGUGUUUCCCCUCACCAGCGGACCCGCCACCCCUCAGCCUCUCCUUCCCCUCUCUCUGAGCAGGGCGGAGGCUCAGAAGGAGGAGGACAGAUGGGAAGUAACUUGUCUCAGCGGAGGAAAUCCACCUCUUCCUCUCCACACUCCCCUCUCCCUGGUGGUUCCCCAAACCCCAACCCACACUUUCCAAAGUACAAGCUGGAAGAUAUCUUGGAGCAGUUUAAGAACUCAGGCAACAGCAGCACUAAUAACCACCACCUCCUAAACCCUAAUAACCCCUCCUUACUGACCAACCAAAGCAGUAGCAACCCUCAUGCUCUCUCCUCGAAGCCCUCAAAGACUAUCAUGAGUCAGACUUCCAGCGCAGGACCUACAGGUUUUGGGUUGAACUCUGCAGGCCCCUCUAAUUUACCUCUGGGGCCGUUUCUGAACCACCACCACAGCCAUCAGGGAAAAAUGCCACACUCCACUUCUUUCCCUGCGAGUAACUUGCUCUCUGCGGCUGCCAAGGCUCAGCUGGCUAACCAGAUAACCCAGGGCCAGAGCUCAAAUGCAGCCAGCAAUGCAGUGAGCUUGCCUUCUUCUCUGGAGGUCUUGAAAGAUGCACAACACCAACAGUCAUCAAAGGUAACAAACAGCACUUUACAUAACAGCCACCCUCCCUCCUCCAUCGCUUCUACUAGGCCUCCCCAUCCCUCCCUUGCAGCAGCCUCCGCCAUCCUCUUUCCUCCAUCCCACUCUCUGGCCCAGUCCCUGGCUUCCUCUUUGCCCCAACUGCCUCCCACAGCAGAGCGUAAUGCGUCGCACAGGAAGAGGCAACGGCGAUCUCCGACAGUGCUCAGCAUGUUAAGAGACACCCAGCAGCUGGCUAAUGGGCCACGGAAGACCCCACCAGGAGAGGCUGUCUCUGCUACAGUUAUCAACCUUUCCUCAUCUUCCUCCACCACCUCCUCACACUCCUCCUCCUCCUCUACCUCAGCUGUGCAGAACCAGAAUGCUGUCUUGUUGGAAACCCAUCAUCCUCUCCUCCCCGGGCAGAUGACCAGGCUGCCGGCUCCUCGGCAGACAGCACACCUUUCCAGGCCUCCUCGACAAAACGAAGCUCUGGAUUUCACUACAGUCCUGACACCUACACCUCUUGGCUUGGAUCCUCCAACUCAGCCUCUAUCUGCUCUGUUACACCUGCUCAGUGUACAGAAUGCGCAGGCCUCAGCUUCAGCAUCCACUUCUGCAUCUGCUCAGCCUGGAUCUGUGUCUGUUGAAGGAGGUGGACACACUAAUAAACAGAGCCCCAAACUGUCGCCCCCCUCUCCCGCUCCUCAUUCUAACUUCAGGCACCCGCAGAGCCGGUCACCCUGCCGAACCAAUGACACUAAUCCUCUGCCUUCUGUGCCACAUCCACUCUCUCCUCCUCCCACAUCCUCUCAGUUCAGAUCAGUGCAGUCUCAUUCACACUCUCAGUCAACUAAAUCAAGUCCUCAAGAAAGACAUUCUCCAACUUCAACAGUGCCGCCAAACUCAAAUGUAGCUUUACACAACAGCAGCAGCCCAUCACAGCAUACGUCUCCAACUCCCUCAGACAACCAUGAACCAACUGAGAGUCACAUUCCUACAGUAGAUUCUGUUUCCCAGGCAUCUUUGCAGGAAGCCACACCAGAGGGCACUGUGGCAGUAGAGAUCAGUAGUAACGGCAUGUCAACAUCAAUGGACCUGAGUCAUUCUCAAGGCAGUGUUUCUAUGGCAAUAUCCACCUCCCCAAAGCCUCUUGAUCUUAGCAACCAUGUCCUGGCCCUUCUCGCAGCAUCUUCCACUGUGCCACAGGGGGAGGGCGGCUCCUCCGACCGUACCACUGAUGUUGAGAUGUCUUCCCAAGGAAAUCACACUGCAGAGCCAGAGGAGCCUGGAUGCGUGGACCCGAAGGACACCACAGUGACCAAAUCUCCAGCAGCCAAUAGUCCUGGGCCCACCAUCUCCUCUCGUCUUGGGGAUAAUAACAAUCCCCCCCCCCUCAGCUGUCGCGGACUCAACCACUUCCUUACCUCUGCAGAGGCCUUCCCCUUCAUGAACCAAGAGCAGCUGCUCCAGCUGCUGUCAUCCACAGGGGGUCUACCAUCCCUCCUGGACCCAACAGUCCUUGCUUCAUUGCCCCUAGGGGGAUUGUGGUUGGGAGGACAACAUGCACAGAUACCCCCUGCCAGUGCUACACUACAAACACCACAGAAUCUUGCAGAGCAGCAGCAAUCAGAGCAGCAGCAGCAGUUGCUGAUACAACAAGACACACAUCAGCAAAACCAGGAUCAACAACAGAAACAACAACAGAUAAAUAACAAUCCUCUGUUUCCCCUGUUGCCAUUGUUGAGUGGUGCCCAAGGGGAGUUGCCUCUUAACCUUUUGGGCUUAUUGAACCCGCUCCCACCCCCAGCCUCAACCCCUACUCCGGGGCAGGAAGCUGAUUUAGGGCUAACAGAAAAACCUAGCCUUCAGGCUCUGCUUAUGGCGUCCUUGUUGCUUGGGCAACAGCAGGCACCUUUGUUACCUCUGUCUGGGCUGGGUCAGUUGAGCCAGGUCAGUUUGGAAGUUCCUCUCCAGCAGCCACAACAAAUCCCCACCACAUUGGAGGGCCUCACUCUGGAUAAGGCUUCUGGCCUCCUGGAUCCAUCUACUCUACCCGGCCCAGGGCUCUUGGAGGUCGCCCAGGGCCUUCUCCCCAUUCCUCCAGGAGCUGAGGGCACUAUCCAGGCCCUGCAGUCUUUGCUCCUUCCUGCUGCUCUUACCCCUCCCCCUGCAGCCUUCCUGCCCCUCAGCCCUGCCUUGCUCACUGCUGCCCUGAGCUCUGCCGAGCUCCACCCGCCUCCCCACACCCAAUUAGCUCCCACGCAGCAAACCCAACAUACCCAACCUCAGGUACCUGCUGAUGCUGGUGUUGACACUCUCAUACCCCUAUCUCUCCAAGGCAAGGACAACCCCAUCCUCCAACAGUUACUUCCCACUUUGCUUAACUCUGCUGUAUUAGGAGACCUUUCUGGCAUCACAGGACUCCAUAAUAUGGUGGGGAUUGGUCCAGGUUCCAUCCUCCUACCCCCAGUCCAGACCUCUGCUUUAGGCAUGCCUCUGCUGCAGGGUCCUGAUGGGGCCAUCAAUUUGCUCAACAACAUACAGCUAAACCUUGCACCACCCUCAGAGGGAGAGAAGCCAGUCUCAAUACAGGAUACACAAAGCCCUGCCCCACAGGAAGACAUUCCAGCCAGUCAUAUUGCUCCUGAUGUGGUCCCCAGUCCUGCUUCAGCUCCGCCUCCAGCUCCUGCCCCGGCCCAAGAACCCACCCCACCCCCCCAGCGAGAAUCUGAGGGCAGGUCUGUUAUUGAUCCUUACACCUCUUUCAUGGACACGAUUUAUACUUCCUUCCUUCAAGUCAGUGCUAAAGAGCAGGAAGACGGGGCCCACUUGGGGCCAUCUGACCCCACUUCACCCUUCUGUGCCUUACCGCCGGUUUCUUUCCCUCUGGAGCACCAUACCCCGUCUACCCCUGUCACAACUCUGCCGCAGGCCAGUGCUCCAGUCUCCCUGAGUCCCCGUAGGGCAUGUUCCCUCCGCAACCCAGAUUUAUCGCGACUCAGCCUGGAAGCAGCAGCCCAUUCCCCAGCCCAGGGGACACCCAAACCCAUUGAGGACGGAUCUACGUCACCCUUACAAAGGAAGCCAGUCAUAGUAGAAGGACAUAUUCACCCAGAGCCUCCUAUGCCACCCAUAUACUUGGAGGAGGCUAAGACAGACUGUACUGGGCCUGCUGCAGCUGUGUGCCCUUUUGUGGAGGCAGGGGGUGAUAGGCAGGGGCAUCUUCCCCAUUCAGGGUACCUCAGUCCCAGGGAUGGAUGCAGUGGGCGGCCCAGUGAGGAGACAGGUGGGACAUUGCUGCACACCGAACAGGAAAGGGAUCAAGCAGGAGCAGCAGGUGGAGUCAGAAGAGGAAGGAAAAGGAAACAAACGCUACAGAAUGUGUUAGAAGAUUUCAGAGACAUGGAUGCUACAGCACUAGAGGAAACCAAGGCUACGACAGCACUGCUGAAGCCUGAGAGGUCAGUUCGCGGCAGAAGGCGACGGGGCGCAAGGUCUCAGAGGCAGUGAUUGGUGGAGGGAGCUGUCAGUCAGAGCUGUUCACCAAUCGAAGGCAGCCACACGCCCCUCUUUCCCCCCUCCAUCUCUCCACCAUCAUCACCACUGUUUAGACCCUUUUUUUUUUUUUAACUUCAACUGCACUAAUAUUAUGUUGUUGUCAUGUCAACCAUUGUUAUGGCAACCACUAUGAAAAACACAUAGGAGAGAGAUCUAGUCUGAAAAAUUAAUUUAUAAAAAGUAAAAAAAAAAAAAAAAAACUGAAGAGAGUUUGUGGAUACUUUUUCACUUAGGUCUUCUCUUAGGUCUAGUUCACAAAAUAAUGGUUGCUUGACAUUGUGAUCAGAGAUCUGUUAAUUAUGGUUGUUGUUAGAAUUACGUCAGUGAGAAAACACAAAAAAUAACAAGAGUACUGUUUUCUUCUCAUCAGUGUGUAACUGUGAGUCAGGAUAAAGCCCAUCUACUUGAACGAUGCUCUCUGUUGAAAGUGUGUCUGUACGUGUGUGGAUGUGUCUUUUUACGUGUCUUGAGUGUGUGUUGGACAACAGUGCUAUUGCUGAGCCCCUCACUGUCCAACUAUUAGUUGAAUUUAUUUUCAUUUUAGUAAAUGAGACCCUAUCUGUAAGGUAAAGAGACAAAGCAGUUUUACUUCAAAGAGAUGUUCUGCAAGGUGCUGGAAGAGAAUAGAAGGAAUAGACUUUUAAAAUAAUGUGGUUCACCCAAUCAGCUUUCUCAGCCAGUUUACAUCAACCACUUAUGACACUUAAAAAAAAAUCCUGAUUCCACAUCCUGUGAGAUUUUCCCUAAAUGUACAUCACUAAUAAUUUAUGAAAAACAUUUUUAAAAUGAAGUUUUUUUUCCUACAACUCUCCGAUUCAUGACAUAAUGCAUCAGUUUCCCAACAGACAAGGAGAACUGUUACAAGUGAAUCUUACACGCCUUGUUUUUUGACAUUUGUGAGGGCCACAACAAAUUGGGAACAAUUUAGGGAAAAAAAAAAAAACUUUGAGCACCAUUUGUCCCACUUUGAUAACCCACUUACAUUUCACAUGCUGUGUCAUUUGUUGCUGUGAAGAACUACUUGUAGCUGUGGUGUGAUGGAGACUGUGUAAUUAUCUGUUGCAUAACAUUCACCCUGCCCCCCACCAGCCACGAAAUAAAUGUUUGGGAAAAGGAUUGAAAUUGAAAGGUUUGAAACAACAUUUGCAGGAAGUCCUGAGUUUAUAGAAAGUACAGUAUGUCCUUUGAUUGUCUGAACGAAUGGCUGGAAAACUUAAAACGCAGAGAGCGAUGACGUCGUACGUGGAUCUAUUGAGUCUGUGUGUUACUGUGGAUUUGGAGUAAUAUCCUCCCUCUGUCUCCUCAUAUCACUGUUUGAGCUCUCCUCCACACACUGCCCUGCCCCAAAAGUACUGGCAUCUCUAGCUGUAUUUAAAAAGAAAAAAAGAAUAAAAAGUGAAAAAGAAAGCAGAUUAUGCAAUUUCUACACUUGGAGAUUUGUACAUAUGUACAGUUAAUGUGUUUUAUUUUGAUUUUAUAUUGUUAGAGAAAGAGACAAGAGAGAAAACAAUUGUGAAUUUUUCUGGGAAUUGUAAUUAAGUAUUUUUCUCAUUCUACCCCUUGCUUUCAAUACUUAUGUUUAAAAAAAGACGAUUAAAUUGUGGACUGUAGCUUUCUUUUUUAUAUGGGAGUCUUUUUUUAUUUAAUAUUAAACUAUUUACAGAAAAUCUA